UAAGAAUAAAUUGCUUUGCUAUAUUUAUUGACAUUACUAAAACAUUAAAAACAAAAUCUAUACCGUACUUAAUAGUCCAAAGUUCACGUUGAGGCUGAUCAUAUUUCAAUGAAAUAAGUAAGAAUCUUGCAGCUGACAUUUCAUCAGAAUGGGCAAAGAUUACUACCAGAUACUGGGCAUAAACAGAAAUGCAACCAAAGAAGAGAUCAAAAAGGGCUACAGGCGGAUGGCGCUCAAAUACCAUCCGGAUAAGAAUGACCACCCCCAGGCCGAGGCACAGUUUCAGGAGGUUGCGGCCGCCUUUGAGGUGCUGUCGAACAAGGAAAAACGAGACAUUUACGAUCAAUACGGAGAGGAGGGUCUCAAGUGUGGCGAUGAGCCGCAGACAUUUGCCCAGCCCACGCCAGAUAUGGUGCCCUUUAUGUGCGCGGUAGGCGGCACCGUCCUAUUUGCUUUUGCAGCAUAUAAAACAUUUCAGUUUUUCUCGAAAAAGAAAAACCCAAACGUAGAUAAAGACGAUUCCUCAUCUGAUUAAAACUAUUGUUCUUUUAUUAUAAGUACUUUCCGGUGUUAUUCUUAUUAAGUUAU